GAAGAAAAGAUGCCUGCUCAAUCGGAAAAAAGUGUACCGGCAUUCAACGAGCAAACAAAUUAUGUACCUGUCAAAACUAUUAUUACUAUAUUCCUUGCAUGCGCAAGUGUUGAUCUACUAGCUUUGAUGGAUCAGACUACUCUUGGAGCCAGUUUGACCAUUGUUAGUAAGGAGCUUAAUGCCGACAGGGACAGUGCCUGGAUAGCUGGCGCGUACUUUCUCACGUCAACGUCAUUCCAGCUUCUAUAUGGGCGCCUUUCCGACAUAUGGUCUCGAAAAGUGCUCCUGGUGAUUGGAAUUGCGAUUUUCUUUUUUGGGUCACUUGCAGCUUCCUUGGCACAGUCCUCAGUCCAGCUCAUCGUUUUCCGUGCAUUUACGGGGGUGGGAGGAGGCGGUCUGAUGACAGUAGCUCAAAUGAUUGUCAGCGACAUUGUGCCACUCCGUGAGAGAGGCAAGUAUCAAGGUAUAUUGGGGUCUGUUGUGGCCCUAGCAAAUGGCAUCGGCCCUGUGAUAGGCGGCGCACUCGCCUCCCGGGGCCAUGGCUCAUGGAGAUGGAUUUUCCGGCUAAACAUGUUCGUAUGCAUUCUGACUACUGGCUGCGUCGCCUUCUUUAUGCCAUUGAGAAAGGUCAUUGGCGACUGGAGAAAAAAAGUAGCAGCAAUCGAUUUCAUCGGAGCCUUUCUAGCUCUUGCUGGCUCUACAUUACUAGUGCUUGCAUUGACAUGGGCUGGCGGUGAAUAUGCGUGGGUGUCUAGUCAUGUCCUCACUACCCUUAUUGUCGGCAUAGCUGUCUCGGUAAUAUUUGUUUGUUGGCAAUGGAAGGGCACUAGUGUGCCGCUGAUCCCGCUGGAGAUAUUCACAUCAAAGGUGGUGAACGGCGCCAUGCUCACCAUGUUUGUGAAUGGCUGGAACUUUCUCGUUCAGGUCUUUUACAUACCGUCCUUCUACCAGCUUGUCUAUGGGUACUCGGCUGUCAAGUCUGGAGCGCUUUUGUUACCCAUUACAAUUACACAAACAUUAUUCAGUACGCUAUCUGGCCUUGUAGUACACUGGUCUGGACGAUAUCGUGAGUGUCUUCUACUAGGUUGGGCAGUAUGGGCAGUUGGCCUGGGUUUGUAUUCAACACUGAGCGGCCCCUCUCUCGGAAAACAGAUAGGAUAUGGCCUUCUCGCUGGAUUCGGUCUAGGAAAUACCCUUCAGCCAUCUCUCAUCGCAAUACAAGCUGGAGUCGAACGGAAGCACAUGGCCGUCGUCACGUCGACGCGUAACUUUGUGCGCAACCUCGGCGGCACCCUGGGGUUGGCCAUCUCAGGAACAAUCAUCAACAACGCAGUCAGUUCCUCUUUGUCACAUCAUGGUCUCUCACGGUCAGACAUAUACCUGCUUCUCAACUCGCCUGAUCUCUUUCGAGAGUCCUUUGGAAAUAAUCGUACGGAGCUCAUGCGCACUGAGCUCACGUCUGCGUAUCACAAAAGCUUUCGAAUCAUUUUUAUCGUGGGUGCGGCUCUCAACGCAGCCGCUUUCGUCGCUGCCUGGUUCUUGAUGCCGCAGGUCGAGCUCAACAGGAAAGACGAUGCCCAACUCAAAGAAGAAGGCAAAAAGAGGGAUGAGGAGAACCGCAAGAAGAAUUCUACGGCAUAGACGAAUUGCGCUGUAUAGUGUACAUCUAGAAUAUCGAGGGUCCAUCUACUUGUGCGACC